UAUUUUAAUAUGGAUGUAAAUAUCAUCUAAAAUCUGAAAUAACACAUUUUCUGGAAAUUAGUCAUUCAUUCAGUGUACUAGCUAUGGAAGUUAAAGUUGAAAUUAAGCAAGAGUUUGAUGAAUAUGACCAAAAAUAUAUCGACACUCGGUUGUCCACAUCAAUAGAUAUGGAGAAAUACUUGAAAAAUGAACCAGGAGAAGAACUUCUAGGUGGAGAAGAACAAAAGGAGGAGAGGGACAAGGAGGAGAACAAAAAGCCAAUUAUAAAAACAUUAACAGAACAUUCAUCUCUUGAGGAAAAACGUAUGAGUCAACACCAUGAAGAUAGUCCAUUAAAUAAAACUAUAAAAAUUCAAACUCGCCAAGAACUUUACCAAUGUGAAAUUUGUUCAAAGCUAUUCAGUGCAGAAUAUUUUUUGAAGACACAUCUGAGAUCACACACCGGAGAAAAACCGUACAAGUGUGAAAUUUGUUUUAAGCAGUUUAGUCAAGCAUUUAAUUUGAAAAAACAUUUGAGAGUCCACACUGGAGAAAAACCGUACAAGUGUGAAAUUUGUUUUAAGCAGUUUAGUCAAGCAGGUCAUUUGAAAAUCCAUUUGAGAGUCCACACUGGAGAAAAACCGUACAAGUGUGAAAUAUGUUUUAAGCAGUUCAGACAUAAAAUUUCUUUGGAUGCUCAUACGACAGUUCACACUGGAGAAGCUUCUUACAAGUGUGAAAUUUGUUUUAAACAGUUUAACCAAAAAAGUUAUUUGAAAAUACAUUUGAGAGUGCACACUGGGGAAAAACCUUAUAAGUGUGAAAUAUGUUUUAAGCAGUUUCGUGACGCAAGUAGGUUGAAGAAUCAUAUGCUGGUUCAUACCGGAGAAAAACCGUACAAGUGUGAAAUUUGUUUUAAGCAGGUUAGUCGAGCCGAUAAUUUGAAAACACAUUUGAUGACACACACUGGAGUAAAACCUCACAAGUGUGAAAUAUGUUUUAAGCAGUUUCGUGACGCAAGUAAGUUGAAGAAACAUAUGCAGGUUCACACCGGAGAAAAACCGUACAAAUGUGAAAUAUGUUUUAAGCAGUUUACUCACCAACAUACCUUGAAAAUACAUCUUAGAAUACACACGGGAGAAAAACCUUACAAGUGUGAAAUGUGUUUGAAACAAUUUUCUCAACUAACUACUAUGAAAUUACAUCUUUUGACGCACACUGGAGAAACACCUUACAAAUGUGAGAUCUGCUUUAAACGGUUUACUCAACAAAAUUCUUUGAAAACCCAUUUGCGUAGUCAUACGGGGGAAAAACCUUAUAAGUGUGAUAUUUGUUUUAAACAGUUUAGUCAAACAAGUCAUUUGAAAUCACAUUUGAGAGUGCACUCUGGAGAAACACCUCACAGGUGUGAAAUUUGUUUUAGACAGUUUUCUCAAUUAACUAAUAUGAAAAAACAUAUGAUAGUACACACUAGAGAAAAACCUUAAUGUAAUGUUUAUUUACGGACUUGUCAUUUUUUUUUACAAAUCAACUUAAAUUUGACUUAUAGUCUAAGAGCUAGUGAACCCUCCGACUAAAUAAUGUCGUCCUAGAAAUUUGUCCAGUGAUAAUUCAUAGCACACCAAGGCUAAAAACCAUGACCUGGCAGGCAUUAGUCCUGCACGUGUAUCUACCAGUUGAAUCGAAAAGUGCAUAGUUUAGGGGUAAAAUAAACUUUCUCCUGUAAGGUUUAAAUUUAAUUAUGUGUUUGACUAAGUCAUUUAGAAGAAAUGUGUACAAUGACAGGCGAUUCUGAAGUGCAUAAGACCUUGCCAGGCGAGGGGGAAAGAUUAGGGGUUUUUCCUAAAAUUAUUUUUUUUUGCAUCGAACAAUUUUUUUUUAGGUAUUUUGAAUCAUUCCAAACAGAAAAGGUCUUUAGUGAUUUUUCUCCUAAGUUAAUAGUUUUUGUUAUAGGCGAUUGAAAAUUUUAAAAAUUGCGAAAUCGAACAUUUAUCUAAAAAUUUCAAAGUUGCCAAGGUAGGUAGAUAUUCUUUAAACAUUGAUUGAUGAAAUCCCAAAGAGUUUUUUUGCAAUACCAUAUCGGAAACCCCUUUGUUUUCUAAUUGCUAAUCAAGCGGGCGCGACACUGUAGUAUAAGUGAGGACGUUUGAGUUGGCAUAAAUUCAUUAUCUCGAGAAUGGCCAAAUUUCAAGAGAAAUCCUUACGACAGGUCGAUUUUUAUUUUUAAAUUAGGACUUUUUGGCAUAUAUAUAAUACUAGUGACGUCAUUCAUUGUAACGGUCCACCCGUUAUAACAUCAUUUUUAGUUCUUUAAUUAUUUUCUUUUGGUCGCUUAAUUAAAUUCUCUAAUUUUGUCGUAAUUAAAUAUUUACGUGACGUCACAUUUCUAUGUACGGAACAUGCUCUACUCCUCUGGUGGCGAAUAUGACCUCGAGUUCUGAGAGUUUGACGUUUACUUUAGGGAGAAGCACAUUUCGCUCGUUACUUGACUCGUGGACGUGGAGCCGGAAUAGUGAAGUACCAGUACCCAAAAUGGCGGAGAAUAUCUCCAUAAAUUAAUUAAGCAUUUGUGUCUACAGUUCCCAGUUUGUCUUAAAAAUAAUAUUAUAGUAUCCAGCUGUGUCUUGAACCAGGGAAAAUGGCAGUCCACUAGGAGUUUGUUCCCGCCUUUUGGGGAAAUAAUAUAAAACGAAGAUGAGAAAUCAUAGACCCUCACCCACCUGAGAGGAACCUAUUCCGGCUACAUAGAUUAGUCGGUCACCUGGGAGCAAGCGAAGCGUUCCAGCUUCAUUUUCUGUCUACACCUGUGCUUACAGGAACCAUGGUUUGGCACUAUCCUCGUGCUCAUUUUCUGGGAACCUGUUGGUUAUACAUUUGAGGAAUGGGUUUGUUUGGGAACACUCAGUUUGGUAAUUUGAGUAACUUUUGUGUUUUAUAUUUCGGACUUUUGGUAAUGCACUAUGUUUAUUAAUAUUUUUUCAGAUUUAGCUGCCUGUAUUUUUUUUAUAUAACAUAUUUGUUUAUUAAUGUAUGUAUUAGGUUCCCAAACUUAUUUAGGAUCAUAUGGUACGUUACAUUGUGCACAAGGUAAUCAGUCCCUAGAAAAUUAGGUUUUGUAUUUUAUUAUUGGUUUGAUAUUUAUUUUGUAAUGUUACUUGCUUGUUUCCCAAAUAUUUUAUUGUUAUUAGCUUUAUUCCAUUUGUUCGGUUAAUUUAGGUCAUCGUUUCGGUAUUUAUCUCAAAUUCAUUUCUAUUUCAUUCAUUGUAUAUUUAACUUGCUUACUUCAUCAUUGUAUUUUCUCUUCGUCAGGCUUGUGCCUAUUUAUUUAUAUUAGUUUCAUCUUCGUCGGUUUCAAUUUAGUGGUACGUAGCAAGCGUACUAUAACCAUUUGGUAGAAGACUCAUGUGAGUUGUACCCUAUAUGUAAGUAAGAGGUACUUAUGUAAUUUUGUAACAGAUAACAUUAUUGUAGUUAUCUCAAAUAUAACUUUGUAUAACUUAUGUAAUUUUAGAGUCACAUUAUAUGCAUUGAUCUAACUCAGAGAUUGUUAAAAAUCUGGAAGUUAUUUUAAUAAAUGUUUAUUUAUUUUGUA